AUGGCGUCCGCCGCGACAUACAAGGACCGACAACUACUCGCUGUCAUUGGCGAUGAAGACUCCGUUACCGGUCUUCUCCUCGCUGGCAUUGGUCAUGUCACCGAAGGCGCAGAUGCGCAGCGUAACUUCCUAGUCGUCGAUGCCAAGACCGAGACAUCGCAGAUUGAGCAAGCUUUCCAGAACUUCACACAGGAGCGAAAGGACAUUGCCGUUCUCCUGAUCAACCAACACAUCGCCGAGCGCAUCCGUCAUAGUGUCGACACUUUCGCCGACCCCUUCCCUGCUGUCCUCGAAAUCCCUAGCAAAGACCACCUAUAUGAUCCCGAGAAGGACAGUGUCUUGAAGCGUGUGCGACGACUAUUUGGCGAGUGA